UUGAAUCCCUUAUAAACCAUGGACGCUGAUAUUGAGGAACAAGAGGACCCCUUGGCAGGUGUAGGUAAAUUACUCCUGCCAAAAGACAAAUUUCUGCAAGUUUCGCACCCAGUUUACCAACCUUCGUUAAUGGCUCAGCUUCUUACAAGUGAAAGGACACGACUUCUGUUUGCCGAAGCUGUGGAGUUGGAGUCAAGUAAAUCUUCGGUUCCCCGCCUUUCAGAAUUGUGCAACAUCGUCCUUGCCAGGGAGUUCAAAUCGGGUAAACUGCCCUCUGACCUGCAUACUGAAGAUUUGAAUUACAUUGGUGACCAUCUGGAUGUAAACAUGCCACUCAUCGACAUAGUUGACCUCGACAAUGAGAUCUAUUGGAAGCGGGUUUUUAAGGAAAAGUGUAAUGAUAUCAAGUUGAAAUGCACAAAGCUACACGAUGUGGAGACCGAUUUCAAAAAAGAGGCCAUUCAGGUGAAACUGGCUGAAAUUAUAGAGACGACCAGCUAUGAGUUGUGGGAUGACGAAGGAAUGAUUAAUUUAUCGGAAGCCGUGGCUCCCUACGUGUUCACCCUGCAUAUAACGAAGCUGACACCAAUGAAGGAGGGUGUCAUCGAAAGGGAUAGUAACUUGCUUGAUUAUAAGAUGUACAAUUAUCCGGAAAGUGAGUGUCACCAUGGAAGCCUGGAAAUGCUUGGAUACUUAUCGAACCUAACGGAGCUGCGAAUAGAGUUACUGCCGCCCGGACUUGGCUACGAGUAUCAUAGGAGGUUCUUCCUCUUUUCAACCACCGACAUUGAAAAUUUAGCCAAAGGAUUGAAACGUCUUACGGCCUUAAAUCACUUGUCGAUUAAGCGGAGCAGAUUAGACGAAAAGAAAAUGAAAAUUCUCGUUCUGGGGCUGCUUCACUUACCCUUGGAAACUGUGGAGUUCUCCUACUGUGAGCUCCACGAUAAGGCAGGAUUGUGUAUAGGCAAAUUGCUUCAGGAUGUGCACAGCAUCAAAAGUCUCGAACUGGAAGGGAAUUAUCUGGGUAAAAACGGAUUGGAACCUAUUGCCUUCGCUAUGCGUGGCUACGAAGGAGCACUCGAAUAUUAUGGAGUCGCGCGUAAUCCUGUAACCGACGAUGGAGUGUACAUUUUGGGAAGUGGAUUAUUGGGAACAAAUCAAGUGAUACAUUUGAAUGUGAAUGGAAUUGAAGUAACUUCGAAGGGAGCCAGAUAUGUUGUGGAGUUGCUGGGCAUUCAUCCGAAGUUAAGAAAAAUGGAUAUGUGUUGCCUUCCCUUGGGCGAGGAGGGUGGCGACAGAUUCAUUGAACUACUCAAAGAGAAUAAACUACUGUAUCACUUGGAGUCUCGGGGUUGUGAAAUGAAUCUUGACCAAGAAUUCAAAGUUCGACUAUUGGUCAGUAGAAACAAGUAUUUCUUUGAUAAUCCCAUUCUAAUGGAGGAAGUGACUUCAAAGGAAAUGGAGUCAGAUGCAAACGAAUGGGCGUCACGUGUCAAACAUCCCGUACUACUGAAAGUGAACAGAAUACUAGAGGCAAAGAAAAAAUGCUACAAGAAACGCGAAGUAGUUACCUCUUUCAAGAAUGUCAAUCCAUUCUUUAUCCACAAACAAGCUCUGGUGCAGAAGACUAAUUCAGAGCUCCUAAAAGUACAUUUUUCGGAAUGCAGCGGUCUCGAUUCAGAGAUUAGGUUAUAUACGGGCGAAAAGACGGAUUCUGAGAAGGAAUUUGAACAACGAAGAUCCCGGUAUGAACCCAACGAUUUCGAUGAAAAAGACAUAGUUCGGCAUGUUCGAAUCGGUGCCACGAAUCGUCCUCAUUUUAAUUAUUUUGCCCCCCAUAAGGGUAGCAAAAAGAAAUUUCAAUAGCUCGGCCGGCAAUUAUCCCUCGCAGGA